AGGCAGGGGUGGACUGACCAUUUGGAAACUCGGGCACUGCCCGAGGGCCCGGGGUCAGUAGGGGGCCCCAUGAGAUGCUCCUGGUACCUUUUUAAUAGGCUUUUUUGAGUUUGGGCAAGGACACAGGGGCCCCAUGAUCCCCUAUUGCCCGGGGGCCCCAUGAGUUGUCAGUCCGCCCCUGAUAGAAAGAUACACAGAGACCCAGUGAUGACAAUACUGGAUCUAAAAGUUGUUGGACACAAAUCAGAGCCCAUGGAGGCCAGCAGAAUGGCUCAUGUGCAU